AUGAAACUCUUGCACUGGUGUUCAUUGAUCCCGGAAGGACCGUCUAGCCUCGCUGCAAUCCGAUUCACCAAGCUAGUUCGAGUGAAAUGCAUUCGUGUAUUUCCGAAAGGCGCAAAGCCUUUUGAACAGUGUCCGGAUAUCGUUAGUGAAACCGAACCGGACUCCUUCCUGCUGGAUGUUUACUUCAAUGCGCAACCAGUACAACCUUCGUCAGAGUCGAAGGACAAGCAGCGCGCGGCGAACGCACUAGUGCCCACUACGAUUGCUUAUGCUGGUGGCCAGGUUGAAUUUACUGUGGAUCUAGGUACCGAGUAUGCUACACGGUUAAUGAUAGUCAAAGGUCAAUUUGAGGCUCUUUCACUAGCAAUCUAUGGAGAAGUUGUAUCAGAAACUAUUAUUCCACCUCUUUCUGUGGAGGAAAUAAUCAGCUCAGUGCCAAAACCGAUCUCUUCAGCGGAGACACGAACACGAACGCUAUCCUCGGCAAUUGACCCAGCAAAUUCCUCUGACCCAAUGUUCCUCGCGAGGAACCUUCUUUCCCUCCUAGACGACCCACCUCCGCUCUCACUCCUUUCCAAGCUAAUGUUCUGCCUCAAACCAGACAACGACGAUUGGGACGAUUCAAAUUUUCCGUUCCUUUUCGUGGAUUUCGACAGAGAUAUCUUUCAAACCGCGUCGAAGAUGGAAGAUGACGAUGCCGAGACUGUGAACAGUGGUGAAGACCAAAUGAACUUUGACCUGGAGGCGACACUGGAUGCUAUGUCCAAAGCAGUUUCGGAUGCUGUGGCGGAAGACACGUUAACGAAGUUUGCUCAGGUCGUAGCAGAUAAUAUUGGUCCAAGAACCAAUAAUCAAGCCUUUCACAUCGCUAAACUAUUCAAGCUUUCCGCGUCCCAACGUCCUUCGCUGGCACUGGCUCUCUGUCAAGCAAUCGAUAUCAGCACCGUUGUCGAUGCUCAGUCUCUCGAUGAAGACACCCUUCUCCACCUUCUUGAUGCUUCUGCAAAUGCCGAUAUCGCGCGUUACCUGCAUACCGACUAUUUUCUGGACGUCCUCGCCGACUUUCAAAACUCUGCCAUCAACGUCACCCAAACUAGAACAUCUAAACAGGCAGCCGAGCGCCUGGCUAAGCGUAUCCAAGCUUGGGAGGUCUUCGAAGACGCGUUAUCAAACACGCAAGCCGAUUUCGCAGCUGCCACUGCAUUCCUACGAGACAUUGGCACGGGGGAGCAGAGCUUAGGGAUUUGGUUGGCUAGUAUGACGGGACAUAUCGAUUUAGUCACGAAACUUGCGGAAAACCCGAUCGUUCCGAAUUCCAGUGGAGUUUAUCCGAAGCUUUUUGUGAGGAAUGGAAUAAUUGGCUCGAUGAGCGUCGGGGCAGCGAUAUCUCACGACGAGUUCAUUGCCUUUGUGCGGGCCUUCAUUGGAGUUUCCGGUGUGUUGGCAGUAUGGGCGUGGUCAGAUAGUUUGGGCAAUGACGUUUGUCGGGAAAGAACGUUGGGCGUGUUGAGACUUUGGCAGAGCACGGAUGGAUAUCGGGAGAUCGUGAAUUAUCUUCUUCUCCUCCGCCAAUUUACGCUUCGUCUAAAAUGGAUAACCAGCAACGACACACCCCGUAAAUCAGGUAUCUUUGGCGAACAAAUCCUUUCUGACCUCCUCGACGAACCUGAUGCCGCUCUGAAUGAUGAUCUCGUUCAGACCAUACUCUCACUCAAACAACCCUUAUCCCACAUAUCCGAGAACGACCGACUUUCCAUGCGGAAGAUCGCAUUAGUGGUCGAAGAUGGUUUACCAGCUGCUAUCGAAGAGCUCGUUUUUCCCAAUACUCAUCCAUUAUCUUCCCGACGUUUAAGGACCCUUCUCGUGAGUAUCGCCCUGGUUGAGAAGGAACUGAUGGAGGAUCUUCAGAAAGGGGAUUGGAAUGUCCUGCAAAUGAUUUGGGAUGAACACUCAACAGCGUUGAUCCCCCGGCUAGCAGAGCUCUUAGCAGAAACAUCAAGAGAUUUGAAUGGGAAUUUCCGUAUCACCUCCCCAUUCCCUAUCCCACACCAAAUUCAGCCACAGACUUCUACAGCAAUCUCCCUUCCGCAGGUUCUAUCUCAGCUCUUCCGACUAGCAGAGGACCUUCUUGCCCUUGUCCUUUAUCUAGUCCUUGUUCCCGAAUCUUACCCUUCGACAACUCCAGCACCACUAUCCUUCUCGCUAUCCGCCUACACUUUGCGCUCUAUCGUCCUUAGCGUCGUGGAUGUCUUCGUAUGUACGGAUGCUGCAGACACCAUAUACGCACAAGGUACCCCCGCCUGCGUUUCCGCCCAAUCCGCUCGUCAAGCCUGUCUAGAAUUCGUGCGUAGGGCGUCAAACUCUGGGCCAGGAGGCAUCAUUGUUGAACCCGAGGGAGGCAAAAGCGGAGCCGAAAUUGUUAUGAGCAUGCUACUCAAGCAUGGAGUCGGGAGUUCCGGUAAAGACCCAGCCUAUCAUCUUUUACAGAUAUUUGCCCUUGUUGAUUAUGUCCUGCCGGACCCAAAUUUCACCGCGGCUAUAGGAGGAAGUCUUGAGCUUGAUAUUGAAUAUGAAGAAAAGAAACAGGAAUGGGUGUUGCAGGUACUCCCAAAUGUGCUGGACGAGAUCCAAGAGUUCUUCCGUCAACUCGAUGUAGAGAACAAGAUUCACUUGCUCCGACGCCUCGUGAGGCUAGAUAGUCAGAGCUUGGUAGGGACAGCAGAGUUUUUAUUCACAGCAGAGAUGAAGUUCUUUGAGCGGUGCACAAAGACUCUUUUGGCUUCCAUUGAACUCGAAACCCAGAGAGACACAGAUAUCCAAACAGUUGUCUUACUUUACCAGAUUGGAUUGCAUGUGCGGCUUUUAGGGAAUAUGCUGCAAACAGGCUCUGAUAUGCUCGAUUGGUGUCUUGGAGCAUUAGGGACUGUCCAGGAGGCAUUCAGCAGUCUAACGACGUCUUUGGCAAAUCUAGCAAUUGCUCGAGUGGUGUCUUCUCACCUUGAUACAGUCGUUAAAACGCUCCUGGUCCACUGCGACAGAGGAUUUGAGGACAACAAGUUCAGAUUUACCUUGGUAGUCCUGUUUCUGAGGACAGCUCGACUAGGGGAUAAGUCAGCAGUGGAAUUCAACUCUUUGUUACCUAAAGCUGUUGCCGUGUUGACUACUCUUCCCUUGGAAAGCAUGGACUUGGACAUGCUUCGUCUGGAUAUCGGACAGACUUUGGCAACUUUCAAGACGCCCCUGUCCAAUUCUAAUCUAUCCACUGAGAUUAGCAGUGCUAUCCUCUCGCUUAUGACGUGGCUCAGUGCUCAACCUUCCGAAGAAGGGUUGACUGUUUUCUGCGGCAUCAAGUCUGAUAACCUGGUGUCACUCUACGAUAGCCUGGAAGCAUCACUUCCAGAAGAACAACUUGACACACUUAACAAAUUGCGCACUAUCCUCACAGUCGACGAGGAUGUAAAAAUUCUUCCAGAAAACAUGAAUAUACCAGAUACCCUACAGCUUUCUAUGCAAGAGCUUCAAGAUAUCCUUUCGCCAUUAUCUUCUUUUCUACCAAUCGCGCCAUCUACGCCAACUAGGAACAAUAUUCCAGAUGUUCUGGGCCUAGUUAUAUCUCCACCGGCAGCGCUGCUACGUUCGCCCGCAGCAACAGGCCUAACCAAAACCUACCUCAAUAAUGACUUCCGUGAACUGCGUCAAGCAGCAGUAGCAAGACAGAACACCAGUAGGCUUCCUAGCAUGCAUGGCACGUCUCCGACAAUUACAAUAUACUUUUUUUAA